AUGAAACUGCUCGCAGGAGAUAAAGUUGGAUCCGAACUAUUACAAUCGAUAUGGAUGCAACGGCUUCCCGAACAUAUCCGCGCUAUUCUUGCCUCGAUGGACAGCACCGAUAACGACAAACUCGCUGAGAUCGCUGACAAGAUUUUAGAUGCUCGUGAACCCCAAAUCGAAUCUGUUCAGCAGCUUUCCACGAAUACUUUUAAUGAUCUAAACUCAUUGAAAAAGGAAAUCCGAUCGCUGCGUGCAGAAAUACAAAACCUCAAACGUGAUCGAAGCUCUCAAUUUCACGAAUCUCGAAAUCGUAAUCGCAGUUCGUCGCAAAGCAGACAAAAAUCGAGGUCAGCAACACGCAAUUUUCCACAAAUAUGUCGCUAUCAUCGAAAGUUCGGCGCAGCAGCGAUAAAGUGCAUCAAGCCAUGCACAUAUACAAACAAGGAAAACUAG